GGUACUGAUGCUGCUGCUCCUGUAGUCGCAUCUAUCCUGGGGGCCUCCUCCCACUCAUCACAGCUCGAGAUUUCGCAUGUAGAGCCGCUCGGUCUCUGUCGCAGAAAAGUCUCCGCAGUACUGCAUCGGAAUAAGGGCUCAGUGCAAAAAUCUUCUUCUGCUGUAUUCGUGGCUGUGAGUGUGGCGCUUUUCUGCAUCAGCGCAAAGGAAGUUCUGUUCAGUCGUGCGGUGGGUGAUGCUCUGAGAUGCGUCGUGUUUAGCGCACGGAACCCCGAUUUAUUCGCCUAGACGGGAGGAUAGAAACCCCAACAGUGAAUGAGGCGCAUUUUAACUUUGUCUGAUAUUGAUUCGGAUUUGCUUGGGAGAUCUUGAGCAUCAGGAUGUUUUGACGGGCGCUCUCCAAACGGGUUACUGAAGAUUUCGCCUCCAAAAGAAGCGCAUCCGAGGUAAAAAAAAAAAAAAAGCAUCGGCUGACAGUUUGAAAGGAGGAAAAGCAGCCUCUUUGCACAGGAUUUAAAACUACCGUCGCUUCGGCAUCUUUCUGAACCUAACGAGGAUAGAUUUUAACAGAGGGAGAGAUGAAAGUUUUUCCGGCAGUAUUGUUUCUGAUCACAUUUUGGAGUCUGGAGUGGGAGCCUGUGCUUCCCGAUUCAAUUAUUCACAUUGGGGCCAUUUUUGAUGAGUCUGCCAAAAAGGAUGAUGAGGUGUUCCGCAUGGCGGUGGCAGAUCUCAACCUCAACAAUGAGAUCCUGGAGACAGAGAAGAUCACUGUGUCCGUGGAGUUUGUAGAUGGAAACAACCCUUUCCAAGCAGUGCAGGAAGCCUGCGAGUUGAUGAACAGAGGUAUCUUAGCCUUGGUCAGCUCUAUCGGCUGUAUGUCUGCGGGGUCGCUGCAGUCUUUAGCUGACGCAAUGCACAUCCCGCACCUCUUCAUCCAGAGGGCACCCACGGGCACUCCUCGCUCUAGCUGCCCGGCCACCAGUCGCGCCCAACCAGACGACUACACUCUCUUCGUCCGGCCUCCCGUCUACCUAAAUGAUGUCAUCUUCCAAGUGGUGAUGGAGUACACCUGGCAGAAGUUCAUUAUCUUCUACGACACUGACUAUGAUAUCCGGGGCAUAGAGAACUUCCUGGACCAGACGUCCCAGCAGGGGAUGGAUGUGUCUCUCCAGAAGGUGGAAUCCAAUAUUAACAUGAUGAUCACUGGAAUGUUCCGCACCAUGAGGGUGGAAGAGCUGCAUCGCUACAGGGACACACUGAGGCGUGCUGUGCUGUUCAUGAGCCCCGCCACAGCAAAGGCCUUCAUUACCGAGGUGGUGGAAACAAAUCUUGUGGCUUUUGACUGUCACUGGAUCAUCAUAAAUGAGGAGAUUUCAGACAUGGAUGUGCAGGAGCUGGUGAUGAAGUCUAUAGGUCGCCUGACCCUGGUGAGACAGGCCUUCCUUCUCCCGCAGAACACCAGCCAGCGCUGCGUCCAGAACAACCACCGCAUCAACACGUCCCUCUGCGACCCCAAAGACCCAAAGGCACAGAAGUUAGAGAUCACCAACCGCUACGUCUACGACACGGUGCUGCUGCUGGCCAACACUUUCCACAGGAAGCUGGAGGACAGGAAAUGGCACAGCAUGGCGAGUCUUUCGUGCAUCCGCAAGGGCUCCAAACCCUGGCAGGGUGGCAAGUCUAUGCUGGAUACCGUGAAGAAGGGAGGUGUAAGUGGUCUGACCAGAUUGCUGGAGUUUAAUGAUAACGGCACUAACCCCAACAUCUACUUUGAGAUCCUGGGCACCAACUAUGGAGAGGACCGCGGCCGUGGAGUCAGCCGGCUCGCCACUUGGGACCCCAUCCACGGACUGAACGGGACACUGACAGAUCGAAAGCUGGAGAACAACAUGCGUGGGGUGGUCCUACGGGUGGUCACUGUACUGGAAGAACCAUUUGUGAUGGUCUCAGAAAAUGUGCUUGGCAAACCUAAGAAGUACCAGGGUUUCUCAAUCGAUGUACUGGAUGCUCUGGCCAACUACCUUGGCUUCAAAUAUGAGAUCUACGUGGCCCCUGAUCACAAAUAUGGCAGCCAGCAGGCUGAUGGAACCUGGAAUGGUCUUAUAGGAGAACUGGUUUCUAAGAGAGCAGAUGUAGGUCUGUCAGCCCUGACCAUCACUCCUGAGCGGGAGAGCGUGGUAGACUUCACCACUCGCUACAUGGACUACUCCGUCGGUGUGUUGCUGAGGAAGGCGGAGAGGACGGUGGAUAUGUUUGCGUGCCUGGCCCCUUUCGACCUGUCUCUGUGGGCUUGUAUAGCCGGCACAGUGCUGCUGGUGGGCAUUCUGGUGUAUCUCCUCAACUGGUUGAACCCUCCCAGACUGCCGAUGGGUUCGGUCUCCUCCACGACCCUCUACAACUCCAUGUGGUUUGUCUACGGCUCCUUCGUUCAACAGGGUGGUGAGGUGCCCUACACGACUUUGGCUACAAGGAUGAUGAUGGGGGUUUGGUGGCUCUUUGCUCUGAUAGUCAUCUCCUCCUACACGGCAAAUCUGGCUGCUUUCCUCACCAUCUCCCGCAUCGAGAACUCCAUUCAGUCUCUGCAGGAUUUGGCUAAGCAGACAGACUUGCCGUACGGCACGGUUCUGGACUCGGCCGUCUACGACCAGGUCCGCAGUAAAGGCAUGAACCCUUUCGAGAGGGACCCGAUGUACUCGCAGAUGUGGAGGAUGAUCAACCGGACUGGAGGAGCCGAAAACAACGUGGAGGAAUCGAAAGAAGGCAUCCGGAAGGUGAAGUACGGGCGUUUUGCAUUUGUGUGGGAUGCAGCUGUGCUGGAGUAUGUGGCCAUUAACGACGAGGACUGCUCGCUCUACACCGUGAGCAACAAUGUGGCUGACAGGGGCUACGGCAUUGCGAUGCAGCAUGGCAGUCCCUACAGGGACAUCUUCUCUCAGAGGAUCCUGGAGCUUCAGCAGAAUGGAGACAUGGACAUCCUGAAGCUGAAGUGGUGGCCGCGGGACAGUCCGUGUGACUUGUACUCUCCUGUGGGCACUCGAAAGAGUGGCAGCGCCUUGGACAUCCACAGCUUUGCUGGGGUCUUCUUUGUACUAGCAGCCGGUGUGGUGCUCUCCUGUCUUAUUGCCACUGUGGAGACCUGGUGGACGCGAAGGAAAGGCUCCAGAGUGCCGUCGAAGGAGGACGAUAAGGAGAUCGACCUGGAGCACCUUCAUCACCGGGUUAACAGCUUGUGCACGGAGGAUGAGAGCCCCCACAAACAGUUCUCCACCUCCUCCAUCGACCUGACGCCCCUGGACAUGGACUCCCUCCCAGCUGCCCGGCAGGCCCUGGAGCAGAUCAGCGACUUCCGCAACACGCACAUCACCACCACCACCUUCAUCCCCGAGCAGAUCCAGACUCUCAGCCGCACCCUGUCGGCCAAAGCAGCAGCCGGCUUCGCCUUCGGGGCCGUGCAGGACCACCGGACUGGGGGGCCCUUCCGGCAGCGGGCCCCCAACGGCGGCUUCUUUCGCAGCCCCGUCAAGACAAUGUCCAGCAUCCCGUAUCAGCCCACCCCGGCCCCUACUGAUGCAUUCAACAUGGCGCUGCUAAACUCAGAGAAAACAACCUGCUUUUCUCUGAAGCUUCACAGCAAGUGA